UGUAGCGGGUGUCCACUACUUGAAGUAAGCGAAUCCGUCACUUAAUUCGCCGUGGGGGCUCGGGUUCCAGUUACAAUUCAAUGAGAAAAUGCAAUUCGUGAGAAAAUACUCCGGCACAAAAGUUGACAUCAACCUUCCUGAAGCAGAGAUUUCGAUGAACAUGAAGAUGUUCCGAGCUCAAAGAAACCUCUACAUAUCUGGAUUUGCAGUCCUUCUGCUGUGGGUGUUGAAUAGAAUAAGCACGUUGAUCUCCAUUGAAGCCACUCUCACAGCCUCGAAUGGAGCCUCUCUAAAGCAGGCCCGUGGGGCCUCUGAGCAGGUCCAGAAACUGAUGAAAGAAAUAGAAGAAUUGCAAAAGGAUGGCAAGCGUAAAUUGUCGCGUUCCAAUUCAAUGGCGGAUAUUCCAAUUCAAUGGCUGAAAUCUACUAAAGAAGAGGUUAAUCACUACCCUAUUAAGAUAGGUGGCAAUCCCUUUCACAUGACAAAUAUAUACAUGAUGCUCUACAUAAACUAGUCUCAUGAUGAGGCUUAUGGAGUAGGGUUUUGUCAUGAGAAAAAAAUCUGGAAUCUGACAGGAUUUGAACACAGGCGUCUGGGAUUGGAAGGCACGCAUCUUAACCACCAACAUAUUACAAUCCACUCCAAAAAUUUUGGAGGAUGAAGUUACUUAUCAACCACCAAUAAGCUCUACCGAAAAACCAUAAAUUUUGUGACAUGAAACUUUCGCGAAUUUAUUACAUCGGCCAUUUUUGCGACAUUAAAGUUUCGCAAAUGGCAAAAGAAAGGUUCAAAGAAUAGAAGGAAUGCAAAUAUUUAUAUAUUUACUAAUUGGCGAGGAAAAUAUUUGUUCUAAUUGUCAGUUGAGAAACCUAACAUAAUCUAGAAAGUAUAUUUAAUUAAACUUUAGCUCAACGCAGACAGCGUUGCUGUAAAGUAAUAAUAAUAAUAAUAAUAAUAAAACAAUAAUAAUAAUAAUAAAAACAAUAAUA